AUGGGGCUUCAGCUCACAGAGCAAGCACAGGGCAGCAAGGAAGGGGAAAAAGAGCCGGGCCGAGACGCGAGGCCACAGCGAGGGGAAGGCACCCGCCUCUUGCGCCUGGGCCGCAACGGCCGCUGGUAUGUGGUCUGGCAAUUGUUUUUGUCUAAAUUCAAGUUCCUGAGAGAAUUGAUAGGAGAUACAGGGUCCCAACAAGGGGACAACGAGCUUCCCGAGGCUGAAGUUGAUCAGGAGACUCCACCCUCGCCACACAGAGGUAGACAGAAAUCUGCUCGCCAGCGAAGGGCACCUGCAGAAGAAACAACUUAAUACUCCCUUGGGCUGACUAACGAUGAGUGGUUCAGCACCUCUGCACUGUCUGUGUCAUUCAGUGGCUUCAUCUUAUGGGAAACCGACUUAAAAGGUCAUAUAAACACCUGUGAUCCUUUACUUUUGA